AUGAGCGAUUUGAAGAAAACUGUCAACAGUACGCCACCGGAGAGUGAUGAUAAAGGUCGACUUGUAAUUGACGAAAAUGUAGGCGAUCGGUUGUCAGAAGAAAGUCGCAAUGCAGACCAAAAUGUACGACUUGUUUCAGAAGUCAUUCAAAUGUUGGAAAUUGAAGAAGAGAUGACACGUCAAAUGAAUGUUGCUUCACCGAUACCAACACCUGUUAUUGCAUUGCCGGCGCCAGUUGGUCCUGAAGACGAAUCAUCAUCGACAGAUCCGAUCGGACAGCAGCAUCAAAGUACAGAAGAAUUGAUUCGAGUUCAUGAUUCCGAAGAUGUGUUUCACAAAAGUGAUGUCGGAUCAGUGAUUGAAGGAACUCCAUUUGUUCGACGUAUCAAAAAACCGAAUCGUGCGUCCAAACGAGGCUCCGUAGGCGACGUCGACGAAUUUACGAAGCGGACAAGCCAAAGAUUGACAGAUAAAAUUGAAAGCCAAUCACAGGACGCAUCUACUUCUUCAAAUGGACGACAGCCUAGAACAACAGAUGAGGCUGAUUCUACUGAGAAUUCGAUUGAUGCAUCGCAAUUGGAACUUUCGACACCAGCAGUUAAUCCAAGCUCAUCUUCAAAUGGACAACAGCCACUUCAUCAACCGAAAAUGUACACCAGAGCGAAAGGUUACGACCUCUAUGACGACAAUGACGAGAAACAAAACGAAUUGAUUGGAAAGGAAGCGGGAUACGCCAAUUCAACUAACAAACCAAAAGAAAGCGAAUUGAGCAGAUUCGAGUUAUUCCGAGUCCAAUGUCAAUUAUCCAAACUGCCUGCUCCACUGCCGUUUGAGGUGUUCGACAAAAAGGAUUGGAACUACGUCACCACAUUUGACAAGGAAUUGCUGGCUCCUGACGAAAGUUUCCCCUCCGUACAUGCACUAGCAGAGAUUCCUCGUUGUCACGGCAGAUUUCCGGUUUGUCAUCCUGGACCAGUGGUGGAUACAGUUUCUGGAACUGAAGACUGGUACUAUGCAGACUAUAUUGUGCAGGAAGUCAAACUAGUGGGACGAAUUCAACCGUAUUACAUAGUCCGUUGGAUCGGGUACGAAGAUAGUUACAAUACCGUCGAACCACAAUCGAACCUUGUUGUGACAGCCGUGUUGAUUUUGCAUCAAAAACGAGAUCAUUUCAUCGGAGCUGCUGGUGCAAGUGGACCAACUGUAUUACGUCGUUCAACGCGAAUAAUGGCUAAACGAUUCGAACAAGUUCUUCAUAAUGGCAACGAGCAAGUUUUACUGUGCCGAGAAUUGCAGCUACUUGAAUCACUGCUGGAACGGGAAGACAUUUCGAUCCAGCGCAUUACAUAUUCUUUACAUUUAAACUUUACUUUCAGAUUGACGUCGCUACCUUACACGCUACAAACGCAAUUCGACUUCAUCGAAAAAGUUUUUUUUUUCAAUCAUCGACGAGUCAAACACUCCUUGGAAAGAGUUAUUUCGGAUCACACGGAAGUAAUCGAUCCGUUGAUUUGA